AAUAGUCCACCAGUCAACAAUAUCCAGCCAUCUCUGGUUUCCCCCCAUCUCCCAAAAACAGAGAGUACACCCUCAGAAAUAAGGUACCAAACUGUACUUUUCUUUGUCACUGGUUUGGUACCAUCAAGAGUACAUCUUCUGUACCUUUAGUAUGUAUCUCUAUACCUUUAAAAAUAAAUUAAGGUACAUAAAUAGACCUUAGGAACCACUGAUAUACCUUUAAGGAUUAACUCUAAAAGCUAAUUAAAGUGUGAAUGAUGAAAGAUAGAUAAUAAAGUUACAAAAGAUGUCCUUGUUGCUGGAGUGAGGUGCCACCACAGUGACAAGGUGAGUGUAGGUGGAUUGGCUACACUAAAUGGCUCCUCAAUGUAAAUGAGUCUGUGACUGUUUAAAAUACUUACCAGAUGGCAAAGAUGGUCUACUAGCUUGACCAGCUUGGCCUGUGUUUUGGCUCUUGGCAGCUUGUCAGAGACCAAGCUGGAUUUUUCAGUAGAGUGAUAAAAUGUCUAAUGAAUGUAGAUAGAAGACAGGUGUACCUUGUAAUUUGGCAAAUGAGAAUAUAUCAUUAUCUAUGGAUUAAACUCCGGUUAAGGCUAUGCUUCGUUGGUGUGUGUUAUAGCAGGAAAGCAGCACUCGACCCCAGGUAUACACUGUAUGGCAACAAGUAUGUGAACACCUGAUCAUCACACCCAUAUACACCCCUUCCAAAACCAAACAUCAAAACAUGGAGAUGGUCCCCAUUAUCUGCUAUAAUACCCUCCACUCUUCUGGGAAGGCUUUCCACUGGAUUCUGGAGCGUGGCUGUCGGGAUUUAUGCUCAUUCAAGCACUCAUGUUGGGUGAGGAGGCCUGGGGUGCAGUCAGUGUUCCAGUUCAUCCCAAAGAUGUUCAGUGGGGUUGAGGUCAGGGCUCUGUGAAGUCCACUCGAGUUCUUCCACUCCAACCUUAACACACCAUGUCUUCAUGGAGCUGGCUUUGUGCACAGGGGCAUUGUCAUGCUGGAACAGGUUUGGACCUCUUAGUUCCAGUGAAGGGAAAUUGUAAUGCAACAGUAUACAAAGACAUUCUAGACAAUUGUGUAGAACUUUGUAGUGACAGUUUGUGGAAGAAAACAUACAAGUGUGAUCAUGAGGUGUCCAAAUACUUUCCAUUAUAUAGUAUAGCUUGUCAGAGACCAGUCUGGCUUUUUGAGCAGGGUGAUAAAAUGGAUGAAUGUAGAUACAAGAGAGGUGAUAAAUUGGCAGAUGAGAGUGUAUUUAUGUAUCUGUGGAUUCAAGGCUGGGUUUGGUGAAGGACCAUGUUUUGGGAAGCAGUGCUCAUCCCCUGAUACACAAGACUGGUGAAUGACAGGCACUCAUGAGUUGUAUAUUUAGUGAUUUUGAUGGAUUCUCCAUUCCUAGUCUCUACCUGACUGAAAAUCAACCUUUUUUUGUCUUCCCCAGACUCUCCUGUCUGUCUCUUUAAGACAGCCACACCGUGUGUGUGAUUAAUUCAGUGUGAUGCGAUGUGCUGACAGGAGCCCAUUUUCCCCUACAUGUAGCUCACUGCUCCAGUACUGUAUGCAGGGGAAAAAUCCAGUGGAAUCCACUUGGCACCUACGAACAUUUCGUAUUCGACCAUAAAACCUGGGACUAUAAAAGCGGAGGUCGUAUUUUUUUUCUGUGAAGAUGCUCUGAUAGCCUGAAGGACUUCACAGCCGUUUUAACGUCUCGGUUAACGGUUAACGGUUUAAAAAUUUAAACAAAGGGCACGCGCGCCUGGCGUAUUUCCAACUGAACACUCGUCGCCUCAGAUCCGCUGAGCGUGAUGUCGUCGGCAAAACACGGUCUUGAGGAGGCAGCAGGAAGGCAGCCCAUGACUCAGCCGCUGAACCAAAUGGCUCCUCCACCUUACCUGCCGUCGCAGGACCCAAGCAUGCCCCCGCACCCUCCUCCACCUGGCUGCGGCCCCCAGCCCAACUACCCCCCUCCUCCUCCUCCGCCCGGCUCUGAGGGGUAUUUACAGGAGACGCAGUUCCCUCCUGGAAACCCUCCGCCUCAGGCAGCCCCUAAUGGUUACACGGUCCAGACGCACGGGCCCACCGGCUCGGUGCCUCAUCCUCCCGUGGGUUACCUGCAGCUCGGAUAUCCACUCCAACUGCAGCCCUGCACUGCUUAUGUACCUGUGUAUCCCAUCGGAACAGGGGGCCAGCCUUACAUGCCUAAUGGUACACCCCAUGCAGGUGUUGCACCAGGGCAGGUGCCAAUGCAAAUGCCCCCCGGCGUUGCUCUAAUGGAGCCGCGGCGGCCCCCUCAUGACUACCUGCCCAUCGCAGUGCUCACCACCAUCUGCUGCUUCUGGCCCACAGGCAUCAUCGCCAUCAUCAAAGCCGUGCAGGUACGUACAGCUGUUGCUCGGGGCGACAUGGUGUCGGCGGAGAUUGCGUCACGCGAGGCCCGUAACUUCUCCUUCAUCAGCCUGGCGGUGGGCAUUGCCUCCAUCGUGCUCUGCACCAUCCUCACGGUGGUGGUGAUCAUCGCCUCGCAGCACCACGACGAAGACUGGGAACCGUAGACUCAUCCCAAAACCCGCACUACACUACGGACUGAAGGCGGUACAGCCAGUAUUCUACUCAUAGCGUUCACUGAUCAUCACACAACACACUCACUGCUACAGUCAAGGAUAAAACCUAAAGUGAAUAAUCGUUUCCUGUGUUAGCUAACAGGCACAGAUUUACAUCCUUAAUUAAUCUCUAAUGGGAGCCGGGAACAAAUCACACCCAUGGUUUCUUCUGCAGAAAUGCUUAGUUUUUCAGUUUAGUAAUCUACAAACAACAAACAAACAACAAACAAACUCGUGUUACAUAUUGGUUAUGCACUGUGUUUGCGUUCAGUCCAUUCCGUCAUUGAUUCGUGCCAUUAAUCUGUUUAGGUUCAGUGUUGUACAAUAGAAGUAAGGUAUUUCCUGGCACUGACGAAAAUGAUUACGCAAACCGAUCUGCUAUUAUUUACUCGUAUUGUAAUAUAAAGGUGUUAGGUAGCCGAGCAGAAGUGAUAAUCAUGAUCAGAUUUACUCGGUUGAAUAACAGUAGAGUAGACUUUUACUACAGUCGGUGUAAAAAGAUGUAUAUGAUUAAUAAGUAGAAUUUUGGUCUUUGCUGACAGAGAAACACUUGGCGGAAUGUUUUGACAACUAAAAAUAUUUUUCGUGCUCAAACAAAGUGUUACUGCCUCAUGGUAAACUAGGAAAGAUAUAUAAUUAUUGUGUGGCAGUGUUAUGUUAUGUAUUAUACAUUAUUUAUUAUCUGUUGUGCAUUCAUUUAAAUAUUUAUUAUUAUUAUUAUCAUUAUUAUAUAUUUAUUAUUAUAUUUAGCCAUAGCUCUAGUGUUGAAUUGAAUUAUUUUUAUCGUUUGAUGAUUACGUAUGAGCAUUACAGAUUGCACAACUUCAUAGUGCGGCAUAUUUUUAGCUAAGCAUGUUGCGACACGCACUUUUAUGCACUGUGAGGGUGUAAAUGCUGCUGCCUUCCUUCUGGUUUGUUUGCCAGGUAUGAAGAGAGAACAAGAUAUAAGGGUAAGUUAAAAAGAAAAAAACAAUACCCUUCCCCGGGGGAAACUUUUGAGACAUUGGUUCUUUCCAGAUUUAUUCCUUGUAAGCACUACACUAAUUUAAAAAAAAGGAGGAUAGAUAGCAUCAAAUAAGCAUUCAUGUUUUCCACAGCUCUAUCAGUCGCCUUGUAAUUUACUGAAUCCUCACAGAAUGCAGAGAGGCUUUCAUCAGGAUUGUUGUUCUGGUUUGUCUCAGGCUCGUCCCCUGAAAGCUUCCUCUCCUACGCUCGUAGCCACAGGAGAUUUGUCACAGAUAAUUUCAGAAAUGCAGGAAAAUGUCAAGUCCUCACAGGCUCGGUGAACUGCAUUACUUAACUGCUUAUGCAUAACAGUCAGAAGUGACAGACUUGCAGUGAUGAGAUGGUGUUCUGCGGUGGGAGGGUUUGAGGUUAGGGGUUGUUGCCCACCCGAAUAAUUGUCAGAGACAGGAAAUUCUGCAUAGUCAUUACUGUUUCUGUAGAUGUAUGGUGCUGCUGCUCAAAGCCAUACAGUUUGAUGAGGAUAUACUGCAUUAAUGUCAAGUGAAUCAGCACUCACUGAUGUUGAUAAAUUCUACUUUCACACAAACCUACCAGUGUGAGGUGUGAUUAGCAAACGAAUGUGUUCUGUCAUCUUGGUUUGUUGGACUCCACAAACGUGCUUCCCAUCAGCCACUCUGGCCGAACACACACUGCACAUGAACCUUUGGUAUAUUCUCUUAGAUUUUGGGGAAAGGAGCUUUAGAGUCUUGUAAAUUUCUCCAUUAAAGAAAAAAUCCACCCUGAGCAACUUGCAUAUUAAUAUUUAUAAUUAACAUGUGAUCACCAGUGGCAUCCAAGAUUUAUAUUGAAAUGAAAUUCUGAACGGAUUUUUCAUUGACAUUUUAACGGCUUCCUACAUUACCCACAAUGCCAUUCAACUACCUGCUGAUAGUGGUGAGGUGGGAUUUAGCCCUUGUUUCAUCUCUUCCUAAAGAGAUUGAUGCAGCACAGCUUUAGUCCUGUAGCCUGUCCAGCUCUCUCACCUCCAACAGAUCAGCUUCUAAAGCUUCAGCUUUCACGCUAUCCUGCCGUCAACACUAUCAUGCUCGUCAUCUCGUAGAUCUCUAACUAGCCGAGCCAAGUCUCCAGCCUAGCUCAGCACUACUGCAUCAUGUAGCUGCAUUGCAUUCUGGGACUCUGGGGCUACUGUUUGCCACCUCCACUUUUUGUGAAAAGAAGCUCUUGCUCUUUUGUUCACCAGAAUCGUUACGCACAUCACAAAUAUUUCAGUAUAAGCGUAUUUAAUGUGCUUCAGGGUGGAGUUUUCCUUUAAUUUUUCUGUGAGUAGAUGUGUUGAUAUGAGCUGCCAGGCUGGUUGUUGGGAUUGUACUGGUGCUUUUAUUUUGAACCCAGGACAAAUGAAGUAUCUAAAAAUUGGUUGGAGAUUGGGUGGAAAUCUCAAGCCCAUGACACUUUGCUCCACUGUUUUUUUAGUGACAUCUGUGUUUCUCUUCAGUACUUAAAUGAUGUUUGGCCAACAGACUGAUCUUUUCUGCGCUCAUUUUCUUAAAUCUGUCCGUUUUUAGAUAAAGAGCUUUAAUGUAAAUGCAAGUGACUACAGAUGUAUCGAUGUACCUAUUUUAUCUACUAUAAAAAAAGAAACCAGUGGGAACACUCCUAAUCUUUUGGCUGUGUGUAAAAUCACCGACCAGUGGUUCUCUGAUUCUAAAUGCAUUAAACAGAAGAUCAUCGUUUGUAUUAUAAUGAUUUCAGUAUCUGCUGCCAGUGCAACGUAUUGGUGUUGUGGGUUCUCAGUACCUAGAUAGAACUCCAGCAAAAAAAUGCUUUUCUGCAUUAAUCUAAUAUAAAUCUGGUCCUGUAUUGUUACAGAUGACUUUGCUAAAAAAAAAUAAAAUAAGAGUUACUGCACUCUUAAGAUGCCGGUUUUCUCUGAGCUUGUAAAUGUGGCAGGUGGCUUGUUGAAAGAGCCUGCCUGAUAACUUGUGUACCUGUGCUUUUAAGGUUUAUUCUGUUGAAUGAUGCUAUACAUGCCUUUAUUGUGUAUGAAUCCUGUUUAAAUUAAAAAAAGCCACUGCAGGAAUGGAUUGUGGUGCAGGUC